ACCCGCGUCUGCGGAAGGCCCUCUCGCUAGGUCUUUCCCGGUAUCCUAGCAACAGCCUUAAACAGGAAAGAUGGCGACAAAGCAGGAAAAAUACGCUGCCGACUAUUUGAGGAAACACAAAAUAGCGGAACUCGUGGAGAAUCUGUUCUCCAUGCUUCUCUUCUACAGACCCGAUAAUCCCAGGGAGUUUCUCAUUGAGCAGCUGAAGCUGCUAAAGCUUUCUCAGAUCAACAAUGUGAUGGGACCUCAUCUGUUGAAAAGCUCAAACCUGGAUGCAGUCUUUGGAAUCCUGGAUCCAGCCAAACAGAAGCACAUCACGUUUGCACAGUACAGGCAGGCUAUGAAGACACUUGGCAUCAAGGACAUCGAUGAAUGUCCUGAAGGUGUUAACGAAGAUAGAAUAUCCUAUGAGACGUUCAAGGCAGAAGCGGAAAGGGGACUGCAGAGAUACUCAGCAGCAUACUACUCCGAGCAUUAAUGUUAUUCUCAACACUUGUUGCUGCUAUUUACAUGGUAAAAAUCUUCAAUAUCCAUUCUAUUAUCUUCCAUAACAAAGUUAUGAAAAUCUUUUCAUUAAGUUCUGACCACCAUAAAUCCUAUAUUUUUAUGUUUGAUUUUUUUGGUUUAAUGUUUAUAUAUUAAAUAUAAAUAGUAUCUUUGUACCUUAUUUGAAUAAAUGUUUGCUGGCCUGUUGACAGUUUUUAUCAAUCCUCCAAUUUUUUGUUUUUUGGCUUUCCUAUUUUCAAGGGCUUUGUCUUAUACUGUAAACUAUUUUUUUACUUACAGCAUGUAACUUUCUUAACAGAACCACAUAACUAAAAGCCAAUAUAUUGCUAACAGGACUUUUUAAAAAAAUUUUUAUACCAUUAACUUUUGCCCAAAGGAAAUUCACAAAGGAAAACACUUUUUGUUUUAAAAAAUGUACAAAUACAUAUAUUUAUUGCAAGA